AUGCCUGGAGACGCAUCUGAAUGUAGUGACUCAGACUCUGAUUCACAAACCAAUGAGAAACCCUCCACCGUCGAGCAUCAAAUCACUGAUGCGAACCUGACGGGUCAUGCAGAGAAGGUCGGCAUGGAGAACUUUGAACUGCUCAAAGUGUUGGGGACUGGAGCAUAUGGCAAGGUCUUUUUGGUCAGGAAGAACAGUGGCCAUGAUAUGGGUCAGCUGUAUGCUAUGAAGGUGCUAAAGAAAGCUGCUAUUGUUCAAAAGGCCAAAACAGCUGAACACACUCGCACUGAGAGGCAGGUGCUGGAGAACAUCCGGCAGUCUCCCUUCUUGGUCACUUUACACUAUGCCUUUCAGACUCAGAGCAAACUGCACCUCAUUCUCGACUAUGUAAGCGGGGGUGAAAUGUUUACACACCUCUAUCAGCGGGAUCACUUUUCUGAGGAGGCAGUUCGAAUAUACAUCGGGGAAAUUAUUUUGGCACUUGAGCAUCUACACAAGCUUGGUAUUGUAUAUAGAGACAUCAAAUUGGAAAACAUUCUUUUGGACAGUGAAGGGCAUAUAGUAUUGACAGAUUUUGGGCUCAGUAAAGAGUUUCUGGAUGAGGAGAGAGAAAGGACAUACUCCUUUUGUGGCACUAUAGAAUAUAUGGCUCCUGAAAUCAUCAGAGGAAAGUCUGGCCAUGGAAAGUCUGUAGAUUGGUGGAGUCUUGGGAUCUUAAUGUUUGAACUGCUGACGGGAGCAUCUCCUUUUACUUUGGAGGGAGAGAGGAACUCCCAAAGUGAGGUUUCAAAACGUAUUCUUCGCUGUGAUCCUCCAUUUCCGUCUAUGAUUGGACAUACUGCUCAGGACCUGUUGAAGAAACUGUUAGUAAAGGAUCCUCACAGAAGAUUGGGGUCUGGUCCCAGAGGGGCUGCAGACAUUAAAGCACAUGCAUUCUUCAAGGGUCUCAACUGGACUGAUCUAGCCCAGAAAAAGGUGCCGAGCCCCUUCAAACCAGAGCUGAAGAGUGAACUAGAUGUGGGGAACUUUGCAGAAGAGUUUACAGGAAUGGACCCAGUUUAUUCUCCUGCCAGCACCCCACCCAGCACAGACCGCCUUUUCCAGGGAUACUCAUUUGUUGCUCCAUCAAUCCUGUUCAAUAAGAACGCAGUCAUGGGAGACUUUGUACAAACUCAGAUCGGUGCUGAUCGACCCGGCUCUGCCUCUGUUCAGCGCAGCGCCAUGUUGCGGGAGUCCCCAUUUUUUCUGAACUAUGAGCUGUGCCUCCUGGGGCCGCCCUUAGGUGAGGGUAGUUUCUCUGUGUGCAGAAAGUGCAGACACAAGCAGAGUGGCAAUGAGUAUGCUGUGAAGAUCGUCAGUCGCAGAAUGGAGGCAAAUACGCAGAGGGAGAUCGCGGCUCUGAGGCAAUGUGAAUCCCAUCCCAACAUCGUCAAGCUGCAUGAGGUCUAUACGGACCAGUUCCACACCUAUUUAGUGAUGGAGCUACUCGAAGGUGGGGAGCUGCUAGAACGGAUUAGAAGGAAAAAACUGUUUGGGGAAGCAGAGGCCAGUCAGCUGUUACAGAGCCUGGUCUCUGCAGUUAGCUUUAUGCAUGAAGCUGGAGUCGUUCACAGAGAUCUCAAACCAGAGAACAUUCUGUUUGCUGAUGAUGCAGAAGUCUCUGUACUCAAAGUGAUAGACUUUGGCUUUGCUCGCCUUUGUCCAGCAGGGAGCGCUCCUCUGCAAACCCCCUGCUUCACGCUGCAGUAUGCAGCUCCAGAGCUGUUUGAGAGCGCAGGCUAUGAUAAGGCCUGUGACCUCUGGAGCCUCGGAGUGAUCCUGUACACCAUGCUGUCGGGUCAAGUCCCAUUUCAGAGCAGCCAGAGAGGCAUGACGUCUUUACACGCUGCUGAUAUCAUGCAGAAGAUCAAAGAAGGAGACUUCUCAUUGGAGGGAGAGGCCUGGAAAGGUGUCUCUGACGACGCUAAAGAACUUGUCAAAGGGCUGCUGACGGUGGAUCCUGAGCGGCGUCUGAAACUGUCUGACCUGAAAGAAAACAGCUGGCUGCAGGGAGGAGCAUUCAUGUCCACCACUCCCCUGUGCACGCCAGAUGUGCUGGAGUCCAGUGGGCCAACCGUCCGCACUUUCGUCAAUGCUACAUACAAGGCCUUUAACCUUGGAAAGAGAGAGGGCUUCUUUCUGAAAAGUGUGGACAAUGCCCCACUGGCAAAGCGGCGUAAGCUGAAGAUGACGAGUACCGGUGUGGAGACGCGAUGGAGCUCAUCUUCCUCCUCCUCCUCUUCAUCAACAUCCUCCACGGCCUCGGCCUCGGCCUCUGCAUCCAAAGCCACACCAAAGUCCACGGUGACCCCCAAGAAGAGUUAG